UUCCACGAGCCAUUGCACGGGCCUCGAGCGCGCGGCUCGAACGUCUAUCAGAGCGGCGGUGGCUCGGACCCCGGCAGGAGGCCGUGCUCCCACCGCUGGCGCGGCUCCUCCAGAAAGCUCGCCCGGGACACCGCUUGGCUGUCCGCUCCUAGGCAGACGACAGCGACAGGUUGGUUGGCAGCGAGUGCGGACGGAGGCCCGAGGACCGAGCGGGGACCACAAUGGGGGAGGAGCCCGCCAAGAAGGGAGCGGCCACGCCCAAGAGCAGGACCAGAACGACGAAGCGGCAACCGCCGGCUGCCGACGAUGACGGCAGUCCUUCUCAAGAGGCCCCGAUUGUGAAGCGAGCACGUGGAAGGACCGCCAAGGACCAGUCUUCAUCUAAUGAGAGGACCCGUUCCAUCGCCGCAACGGCUUCCGGAAAGACGAGAAAGGCCGCUGAGGCACCUACACCCGGCGCCGAUGCGAAUGUCCCGUCCACCAGCAAGGGACCCACGUUGCACAGGGUGAGCCGGAAGACGCGCUCGAGGAGCUCCUCCCCGAGCGACGCUCACACUGCUGCGGCCAAGGCACCGAAGCGUCGGCACCGCUCGCGGAGUCGCUCCCACGGCGGCAGCAGUCAUCGCGCCAAGAGGGGCAGGAGCCGCGCGAAAUCCACGCACUCGUCCCGCAGCGGUCACGGUGGCCGCAAGCGGAAGGGCAGCCGCCGUGGAGGGUCCGCCACCACCUCGCAGAGCAGCCGCGGAACAAAGAGGAAGAGCCGCCGCCGACGCCAUUCCAAGAGCAGCACCUCUGCGGCGAGCGCGAGUACCAGGAGUGGCGGGAGACGGCGCCGCCACGUCCGUAGCACGCGUUCGUCAAGCCGUGGAGGAAAGCGGGGCAAACCAAAGAAGGCGGCGAGCAGUUCCUCGUCGAGGCCUCGUCGGGCCAAGGGGACUGCUGGCAAGGCUACUAAAAGGGGCAAGCGCAAAUAAAAAAGACCGCCUUGGCCGGGAAUAGAUGUGGGCCGGAUCCGGAGAAAAUCUACACUUGGCCUCAGCCUUGCCUACCAUUCACGAUCGAGGAAUGAAAUGGGGAGAUGCCGGCCGUCAAUGAAUAAAACUUGGCCCGCGCAACAGGACGACAACGUCAAAUAAAUUUCACUAUCGAUGCACUCUACUGUUGUUACUGUUGCUCAAUCACUCUCUGUAGGAAAGGUUCCCGGGGGUGCGAUUUUUUCGCUAUUCAAUUAAAGUUAAGUAAACAGGCGACGUGAAUGUUAUGAAGCACGGUAGUGUUGAUACGGGUCAUAGCUUCCUCUCUUGUGCCCUAUAGUAAUUGUGUAGGCAACACGAAGACAAGUGAAAGAGAAUGUCUAUAACGCAAACUAGAAUAAAUAAAUAAAUAAAUAAAUAAAUAAAUAAAUAAAUAAAUAAAUAAAUAAAUAAAUAAAUAAAUAAAUAAAGAUAUUAGUAAAUAAAUAUAUAUGAACUGCACAAUUAAUAGAAUAUUUACGGCAGAAAAGUUGCAGGAGGAAACGACUUUAUUCAAGAGAAACUUCAGGCCGCUUGUUUGCGGCGACCUUUUCCGCCCAGGCAAUGAUUGCUUUUUGUCUUUUUAUUCGGGAGACCGUAAUACGGUCUCCCAUGUCCUGAGCGAGUCGGCAGAAGCUCUCUGGGCGGGGGAAGGCCCUCA